AAACUACACUCGGGGGUUUGUUUGCCACACUGACACCACUUCCUCACCAUGGGAAGGUUCAAGCAUAGUGUCGUAGGAGUUGUGGGACUCUUAGCAUGCCUAUUGCAUCAUGUAUGCCCGCUUGUUUUGAUACCGAAUAUUCCGUACAAUUUGCCCACGGCACUUUCAAGAUUGCAAUUCGCUGCAGGGACAAGCUACCCCUCCGGUGGUAAAACCUACCUUUCGACUUCUUCUGCCUCUAGCCAUGGGGGCUCAUCUUACCGACCACACGUUGUGCGACCUGCAUAUGUCGUCGGCCGAUCAAUGGUAGGAUAUCGGCAAACUCCAAACGUUUAUACCGUUAGUUCGAGAAGACCGACGAUAAGGAGUAGAAUAAGCUAUACAUCAGUUCCAACUGCGUCGACCUAUAGCCUUAUAAACCGUAGCUACCGACCCAGAAUAGUCCGACAGCCGACAACGCAUUACGUACAAACACGCAGAGGAUCAAUGAUAAACCAACGCAGGAGACCAACCAUUUCUAUUCCCACACAAGUGAGCAGACAUCGCACUACAAGCCGCCCAGUGAGGACCAGGAUUGCGACACAAACAAUAAGGAGCUCAACCGCUAGACAAACACCACGAGGUAUCCCUUCCUUCAUACCACCUUCAUCAGUUAGAGCGGCAUCGGCGGGAUCUUCCCGUGUGGGGAUUGCACCAAAGGUGCCAUACGUAAAGAAACCAUACGUUAAUGUGCCUUACGUAAAGAAACCAACGAAGAAAUCAUUAGGCCCAAGAGAUCCACUUGUCAAGAAAUAUAAAAAGAAGUCUAAGAGCAAAUCUAAAAAAUCUAGUAAGAGUAAAGCCAAACGGAAGGCCGAACUAAAAGCUAAAUUAAAAGCUUUGAGAGCAAAAAGGAAGUACAAUAAACAGAACACAGUAGGAUGAUGUGUGGAUGAUUGUAGCAUACCCGAUAUGUUCUGAUCUGAACUACAUUUCAGAGAAUUUUUCAUGAUAACCAAAUAGAUGCGACCAAAUAUGUUUAUAUACUUGCUAUCCCCGAAUACAGCGACGACGUCGAAAUAGAUGUUAGUUAGAUCUUUGUCGCAACAUGUCUCAAUCUCUAUAUCAUGUGACAGUGGAAUGGUACAGUAUAGAAGUUUGGUGUAAAGGUUUUAGAUUUAAAACGCAUUCCUUAUACAAAUAUCACAAUGCUCUUUUUUACAAUGGCUAGGGUAAGCGGGAACGUUCAUGGUAUGCCUUAUGCUUUUCAGCAAUGAUAAGCUUUUAGCAUUAUUUUCGAAAUAUUGUACAUUUAUAAACAAAGGAACAAUAAAAUUAUUUGUUGAUAAAUCAAA